GACACUUGCACCUUUUCCAGAGACAAGAUCUGAGGGCUUGCGAAUAAAGUGGAUGAAGUUUAUGACUGUCCACUGCUCAAAAGAGAAUAAUGCUAACAAUAUGAUAGCAGCUUGUAACGUUAUUAAAACAAAUUUAAGAGUAAAUCUGAAUUUGAUCAUUCCAACAUGAUGGAUAACGAAAUUAAACUCACAGUCAUUAACUAAUAAUAUUCUAAACAUGUUUAGGACUUUGAGGACUUUCUUUCCAUAUCUCUUUCUCUACAUGUGUAUGUUGUGGUGUCAUUGAAACACUAGCAUAUAUUUUAUUUAGAUGUCACCAAUAUCCAGUUGAAUGGGAUUUUGCUCUAUGUAACUAAAGCUAAAUACAAUGUACGUACAUAUUUAUUGCUAAUUUUGUCUCUUUUGUCUAUUAUUUUGAUGUGGAAGCCCACACCGUACCAACGCUUAGGCGUCAACUGUUUACAUACCACAAAAGCUUGCGACAUCACAUGAAGUUGAAUAUAACAAUCUUGGGCGUUACAGUCCGUACCGGUUGGAACGAUGUUGGAUUUCGCAACCCUAGUGUCCUCACCCCAAAUAUCGAUAAAUUGGCUCGCAGUGGGAUGAUCCUGAAUUCAUCUUACGUAAUGCCAGUCUGCACACCAUCAAGAAAUUCAUUUAUGACCGGUCAAUAUGCCUUUAAAUCAGGAUUACAGCAUAUUGUGAUCUUACCACAACAAGCCACUUGUGCCCCUCUUAACAAUACAUUUUUACCUCAGAAGUUGAAGGAACUUGGGUACGCAACUCAUGCGAUUGGAAAGUGGCAUUUGGGAUUUUGUAAGUGGGAGUGUACCCCUACGUAUCGAGGAUUUGACACAUUCUACGGAUAUUACAACGGCGCAGAGGACUACUACAAUCUCAGUAUCGCUGGAGGUAAAGACUUCAGAGACAAUAGAACACCUGUUAACGCAACAGGUGAAUACUCCACGAUUUUGUAUGCCAGGCGAGCAGAGUCCAUAAUUAAAGACCACGAUGCAUCUAAACCUAUGUACAUGUAUUUACCUUUCCAAUCAGUACACGAACCCCUUCAGGUCCCUCAGAAGUAUAGCGACAUGUACUCUAAGGUACAUACAGAAUCCCGCCGGACCUACCUAGGAAUGGUAACUGCAAUGGAUGAAGCUAUCGGCAACAUUACAAAAGCUCUAAAGACAAAGGGAAUGUUCAACGACACUCUCAUAGUAUUUACUGCCGAUAAUGGAGGUUGGAUUACAUACGCUGGGAAUAAUUACCCUUUAAGGGGUGGAAAGACCACUGUGUUUGAAGGAGGAACUAGAGCAACUGCUUUUGUUUCCGGGGCAGGGAUUCAAAAGUCAAACUAUGUUUAUCCAGGAAUGAUUCAUGCAGUAGAUUGGAUGCCAACAGUGCUAAGCGCCGCAGGAGGAACGCCAGACCCGACAUUGGAUGGCAUCGAUCAGUGGGAUAGUCUACGAACAGCAGGGGAAUCAAAACGAACCGAGUUUAUCUACAACAUCGACGAUUUAAGGCCGGAGAUCUGUGGUCAUGCUGCCAUUAGGAUGGGUGACUAUAAGUUGAUCGAUGGUUAUCCUGGGGCCUACCAAGACUGGUACAAGCCAGACCAGGUCGUGUCUGACUUGUAUGAAGAUGUAUCUUUAAACGACACACGUCCUUUUUUCGACAAAAUGAUGCUUUUUAAUCUUAAAGACGAUCCUAACGAACAUGUCGAUUUAUCCAAGAAGCACCCAGAUAUAGUUAAAAAACUGAAGUCGAGACUCGAGUACUAUCACAAACAAAUUAUUCCUGCAAAUUUUCCCAAGAAUUCGGCAUCGUCAGCACCUACCAAUUACGGAGGAUUUUGGACACCAGGCUGGUGUUAAUGUGAUGUAGUCUGAAUAAGUCUAUGAAUUUCUUAUUUUAUAUAUUUCAUCUAAACUUUACAUCACAGAAUAUUCACUUGAUUAGUCUCAUCUUGGUUAUCAUAAAAUAGUUUACACUGUUAAUUAAUAUUACUUUAUCUUAGUACAUUCGAAUGCAUGUAAAGCACUUUGUUUGAUAAACUUGUUUGGUGCUUUUAAUUAAAAGUAGAUCCAGUGUUUUGUGAUGUCAUACUUUUUUGUAAAACUUUGAAUUCUUUAAAAUUUGUGCAAGAUAGUUUAAUAUAUUUUAUGUGAAUAGAAUCACAUGGAAGUAACUAGAAUUACUGUUAAGUUCAAAUAUUUUCGCAGCUUGAUUUUAUUCUAAAUUUCCAAUUUUUUACACAUUUUAUCUAUGCUAAAGGGAAAACUCUUUUUCUGACUUUUUUCUCAGUUGUAUGUCUAAAUGCUAUAGUUUUUCUUAUCCCAACAAUUAAUUUUAAAACAUGUUUGUAGAUUUUGUUUUCUGAUAAAGUUGACAAUAAAAUUAAACAAGAUAAACAAAUUUCUGCCUAAAAAAUUUUACUUUUAACAAAAAAAUACGUUUUUCUGAUGCUAAAAUAUGCUUAAGUUUACGUUUAUCUGACAUCUCAAAAAGUGUGAUGACAUGUAUAUUUUUUCUUACAAUUGAUGAAAUUUAAGUCUAUUAAGUUGAAAUCAGUCCGGUUUUCCAACUUUCAUCAGAUAAUUUUAAGAGUUUUACCUUAAGUCACUGGCAGUCCUGAAUUUUUAAAGUACUAUUUGAUCUCAAAUAACAUCAUUUUAAAAAAUUGUAUCAGUAAAUAAAAAACUGUACAAAAUAUGGGGUUCCAGUUUGGAACUCAUUUCUAAUACAUGUAUACUAUGUUAACAUUUUAUCUCCAAUAAAGGCAUUUGCUAUUUGA